GGACUUGGGAGGGGGGCGCUUUUUCCGUCGUCCUUUCCCCGAGUGCAUGAGCCCUCCUCCACCCUUCCCUCUGUCGCUGUGGACCCUGCUCCCACGGGUCCCUUCCGUCUGUCUGUCUCGGGACCUCCCUUCCGUCUGGCCACCGUGACAGGUCCCUUCCCAAGCCCCUAGGGACAGCAGAGGACUUGGGGACCAGCAAGCACCCCCAGGGCACGAGAAAAGCCUCUGCCAUCUGCCCUGCCUCAUCCUGCCCCACGCCAGGCCCAGCCGCCCCGGCCCCCGGCUGCAUCAAGUGGAGGAGGAGGAGGUGGAGGAGGGUGGCACCAUGGGCCUGGGCCGUGCCCUCCAUGCCCGGGGGAUGAAGACACUGCUGCCAUGGACAGCCCGUGCCAGCCGCAGCCCCUGAGUCAGGCUCUCCCUCAGUUGCCGGGUUCGGUGUCCGAGCCCUUGGAGCCUAGCAGGGCCAGAAUGGGGGUGGAGAGUUACCUGCCUUGUCCCCUGCUGUCCUACCACCGUCCAGGAGGGCCUGGUGAGGCCUCGGCGGGGAGUGGGACCCCCAGAGCCACAGCUACUUCCACCACAGCCAGCCCCCUGCGGGAGGGCUUCGGUGGGCAGGAUGGCGGCGAGCUGCGGCCGCUGCAGAGUGAGGGUGCUGCGGCACUGGUCACCAAGGGGUGCCAGCGACUGGCAGCCCAGGGCGCCCGGCCCGAGGCCCCCAAACGGAAAUGGGCAGAGGAUGGUGGGGAUGCCCCCGCCCCCAGCAAGCGGCCCUGGGCCAGGCAGGAGAACCAGGAGGCGGAGGCAGAGGGGGAGGGCUGCAGCAGUGGCAGUGGUGAGGCCAGCGCCGGGCUGAGGGAGGAGGUGCUGCCCGCUGCGCCUGAGCGCCUGGCCCUGGACUAUAUUGUGCCCUGCAUGCGGUACUAUGGCAUCUGCGUCAAGGACAGCUUCCUGGGGGCGGCACUGGGUGGCCGAGUGCUGGCAGAGGUGGAGGCCCUGAAGCGGGGCGGGCGCCUGCGUGAUGGGCAGCUAGUGAGCCAGCGGGCUAUCCCGCCACGCAGCAUCCGUGGGGACCAGAUUGCCUGGGUGGAAGGCCAUGAGCCAGGCUGCCGAAGCAUCGGUGCCCUCAUGGCCCACGUGGAUGCUGUAAUCCGCCACUGUGCUGGGAGGCUGGGCAGCUACGUCAUCAAUGGGCGCACCAAGGCCAUGGUGGCAUGUUACCCAGGUAACGGGCUGGGGUACGUGAGACACGUUGACAAUCCCCAUGGCGAUGGGCGCUGCAUCACCUGCAUCUAUUACCUGAAUCAGAACUGGGACGUCAAGGUGCAUGGCGGCCUGCUGCAGAUAUUCCCUGAGGGCCGUCCCGUGGUAGCCAACAUCGAGCCACUCUUUGACCGGCUGCUCAUUUUCUGGUCUGAUCGGCGGAACCCUCAUGAGGUGAAACCAGCCUAUGCCACCAGGUACGCCAUCACUGUCUGGUAUUUUGAUGCCAAGGAGCGAGCAGCAGCCAAAGACAAGUAUCAGCUAGGUACCGGCUUCCCAAGCAGUGUCCCCUCCCUCAACUCCUUCCUAUUCCAUGUACCUCCCUAGGCCUCAAGCCACCUCAUCAGUCUCUCACUGAAUCCUGUCACUCAUCUUUCCCCAUCUUUGCCGACCUUCCCUAGACAGUUCACUCUCCUGGUAUCCCCAGCAUGAGCCCCAUCUCUUCUGGUCAUCUCCCCGUCUUCCCAGGUUUCCUUGGUCUCUUAGUUCCGUCCCUGAUGACUCAGUCUCCUGUCCCCCUUCACCCCCAGCAUCAGGACAGAAAGGUGUCCAAGUACCUGUAUCACAGCAGACUACGCCCACCUAGUGGCUAGCCCCAGAGCUGCACGGACAGACAGCUUGCCCUGACUUCGGGACAGCCCUGGGCCCGGUGCUGCCAGUCACGGUGCCUGCUCCUUCCCCGCCACUGCCGCUGCUUCUGACUUUGCCUCUGUUCUGCCUGGUGUGGAGGGCUCCAUCCAUCACUGAGGACCAAGGAGGAGGAGAGACCUC